AUGGAAUUGGAUGGAUGGCGGGGUGGUAGUUGUGACGACGACAAUGGUGGGAUGGUGGUCGGGUGGCUGGGAGUGGGUGGAUAUGACGGCGAUAGUAGUGGCAUGGUGUUUAGUGGUGGGUUGGGUGGGGUGAGCUGUGACGACAACAAUGGUGGGAUGGUGGUCGGGUGGCUGGGAGUGGGUGGAUAUGACGGCGAUAGUAGUGGCAUGGUGUUUAGUGGUGGGUUGGGUGGGGGGGAUGGGGUGGGGAUGAGUGGCAGUUGUAACAGCAACAAUAAUGGUGUGGUGGUGGAGUUAGGUUAUGGCGCAACAGAAAGGUAG